AUGAGUGAGUUCCAUAGGAGAAGGGCCACCAAAGAAGAGAUGGAGCAGGGUCAAAAGGAGAUAAGACUAGCUGAUGAAAGAAUGAAAACAGAGGCUGAGAGUAGGGGUGAGAUGCCUAUACAAAACGGACCUGAAGAAAAACCUGAGGAUGUUGUAGAAGGGGAAACGUCUCCACCGAAAGAGGGUAAGAGAGAUGAACCUCAAAGAGGUACCCCUGCAAGGAAUUCCAAUCAGGGUUCAGGUGCCAAAGCGUUGUUGCCGCCUACACAACCUCCUCCUGAUCCUCCUGCCCUUUCUCUACGUCAAGAGGUGGUGAACUCCCUUGAGAAGAAUACGCCCGCCGACAAGGGUGAAGGCAACUUCAAUGGUGGACCUUUGAUGAGGGAGAUUGCAACUCCCCCUGAACAACAAGCAGGAGAUGAUGCAAACCAAGUGCAAGGGCAAUCCAUGGCACCCCCGUUGUUCACCGAGGAGCAGCUGAGAAACUUUGCUGCACUGCAGGGACAAGCCGCAUGGAUGUAUGGGCCCCAACAGUCGUUUUUCAAUCCAAUUGGUUUUUCACGUCCUUCAUUUUUGGAUGGAGAUGCAGCCAGAGCUUCAGUGAGUCAACAUGAAAGAGACAUGGAGUUUCUGAGAAUGCAAGCAGUGAGAGACCGAGAGGAGAAAGACGAAUGUAGAAGGCAGAUUCAACUGUUGGUAGAAGAGAACCGUCAGUUGAGAGCCAGGUUUGAAAGUGCUAGCAAGAUGCAGACUGAGGAUGAACCUAGGUUUGCGACUCCUGAGGAACAGCCGGAUCAGACCAGCCCAGGUUUCGACAUGGAUGUGGAUUGGUUGAAGCGGCGAAAGGAGGCUGACAGACCCCCAUCAAAGGAGGCUGACAGACCCCCAUCAAAGGAGGCUGACAGACCUCCAUCAAAGGAGGCCGACAGACCCCCAUCAAAGGAGGCUGCCAGACCCCCAUUCCUACCUGAGGCUGCAGAGUUCAAAACCCCCAAGGAGGCUGCCAGACCCCCAAAGGUGGAAGCAUCACAGCGUCCCCAAGAAGAAGGAAGCCGAGGUGCACCUGGUGGAGGGAAUGCGCAGUUCACUGAGAAAUCUUUGGAGUUCAUGGUGAUUAUGAUGGAAACUAUGAAGGACCUACACAAGAAGGUCAACGAGACAAAGGAUGAGACUGGCAUGGUUCGAGGAGUUGAGAUUGUGAGGUCCGGCACUCCUGACCUGCCGGUGUUGACCCCCUGGUCACCAAGCCAGGGUCCCCUCCAGUUGGGAGAUUGGCUUCUGACUGUGGAGCCGAUCAUAGCUGAUUUGUCAGCAACUUCAGAAGUGUGGUGGUCGCUGAUGGUGAAGUCUGCAGAGCAGUGGUACCAGAAGCACAUGAUGAUGCCCCCACUAGAUCGAGUUCAACAUGAAGUUCAACCGCCCCCAGAGGUCACCUUGGAAAAAUGGUCCAGGUUGGAAAGAAGAACGGCAUCGAUGCUGCUUCAAUCUGUGCCGGAGGUGGUCAAGGAGGAGUUGGUUUCAGCUCGACGGCUGAGCGUUUUUGGGGUUUUGACGCAACUGCUGUUGACGUAUUGCCCAGGUGGUGUCUUGGAGAAGCAGACAUUGCUGAGAAGUUUGGAGGAGCCAACAGAGGUCACCACGGUGGGCGAAGCUCCUGCUGCAAUACGUCGGUGGCUACGUUGGAAGCUGCGGUCCCAGGAGAUCGGUGCAGUGACCCCAGACCCGGCACUGUUGUUGAAAGGUCUGAACAAGUUAACACGCCGAGUCCUGGAGUCCAACAAAGAACUACAAUUCAGGGUCAGCCUGGCCCGAAAUUCCCUUGGUGUGGAUACGAGGCCGACCGACACCACAGUCAGCCAGUUUGCCACGCACCUUUUGGCUGAGAUCGAACAAGUUGCUCUUUCCGAAAAGAGGGCCACUGCUGCGAUGCCAAAGGGCGAGGUGAAGAUCAAAUACUUGGACGCAGACAAGAACAAGCCAAAGACUAAAGAGAGGUCUACAGAGGAGGACAAGCCGAAGCCAAAAUGCAGGUUUUUUCUCACGGAUGCUGGUUGCAAAAGGGGAAAGGAGUGCACGUUUAGCCAUGAUGUCAAAGAUGAUCGUCGCAGGUGUUACAACUGCGGCAGUGUGGACCACCUUUCCCCAAGCUGCACCAGGUCAAAAGGCGCUUCUACCGAAACAAGCCCCAACAAGCCGAGGGUUGCCAAGGCCGAGGGGGAGGAGCGCAAUGUGACUUCACCAAUGAAGGAGUCAGAGACUGGAAGCCAAUCUAGUCAAGGGGAGGCAGUGAAGGACUUGCUGGAGGAGGCCAACCGGAUGUUGAAGUCUCUGUCGAGCUCUUCCAACACUAUUGCUUCUACAACCUCUUCGACGUCUGAAGAAGAGCGAAAAGAUGUGAUGGAGCGCCUUCAUCAGCAGCUGAAGUCGAUGAAGACGUUCAAGAUGAAGAGACUCAAUGUUGGGAACGACGUUGGACUUGUGGAUUCAGGUGCAACACAUCCACUUCGUCCUAGACAUGAAGGCGAGAAUGUGGAUUUGUACCCGGUGGUGGAGGUGGCAUUGGCAGAUGGAAGGACGGUGAGGUUGAAGAUGUCCCCUGGAGGUGCUAUGAUAUCACCUUCACCUGCCAUCGAGCCUAUCAUCCCCAUGGGCUUGUUGUCGCAGAAGCUGAACUGUGACAUUUCCUGGAAGCAAGGAUCUAUGCAGAUCCACCAUCCUCUGAGAGGAGAAAUCAAGGUGAUGAUGAAGGGAAGUUGCCCCCAUGUUGCCAGAUCUGAGGCUUUGACGUUGAUUGCGGAGCUGGAGGACAUCAAGAUGGGCAUUCACAAUGAGAUUGGAAGUUUUGAUGCGGAAGUGGCAUGGCUGAGAAAGCUGGUGUCGCAACAUCCAGUGCUGUCUUCACUCCCAGAGCACAUCAAGGAGCGGCUGGUGGUGGAGCCUGGAACUUGGUCUGAUCUUCCAGGCAACAGACACUCAAGAAAGCGCUGGAAGAGGAGUGGCUUAGCAGUUCAUUUGUAUGCUGGGCCAGAAACAGGGUUCACUUUGCGGCAUGCCAUCAAACAGCUGGGUGGUUCUGUCGAUGCCUUGUUGGAAGUUGAUGUUCAACGAGGAGAACAACAUGACAUGCUGUCGGACCACGCAGUUUAUCGUGGUCUGUUGAGGGUGGCUUUGGAGGGAAAGAUCAAUGCGAUCGUUGGUGGGCCAAACUGCAGGACGAGAAGCUUGCUGAGGCACAUCCCCAUUCCAGGGCAGCCUAGUGCCCCGAGGCCGAUUCGCCGCUGGGGAGGUGAGGAGUUUGGUAUUCAUGAUGCAACAGAAGAGGAGAAACAGAAGCUUCAUGAAGACGAUGUUUUGAUGUGGCGUUUUUGGUUUUUGUACAUGGUUGCAGUGUACAUGAGAAGGGCCAGAAAGGUUGAGACCGAAGUGACCGUCUCUGUGGAGCAGCCAGCAACCCCCAAGGAGUUCAUGCCGGAGGUGGUGAGUUGGUGGGAUACAAAAGAAUGGGCAGAGCUGGCACGAGAGUUCAGCUUUGAGGAAUCAACUUUCAAGCAGGGUGAGCUUGGUGGUCUUACCCCGAAGCCAACGACGUUUGGUGGGAACUUGGAGCUCUACGCAGCUGGUCAUCAAAGGAGAUGCAGAGCAGGAGAAAGGGUAUCUUGCUCGUCCCAGCUUUCGAGAUGGGCCCCAGGAGUGAUGUCAAUGGUCGCCUCAGCUUUGAUCAGACAGGUUGAGGGCCCCACUUUUAAAGGGAAAGCUAUGUCCUGGAGCGAGCAUUUGGCUUUCAGGCAUGUUCCAUACAGGAGAGAUUGUCGAGUAUGCCAGGAGAGCUCACAACAAUGCCCGCCUCAUCGACUGGUCAAGGACCCAAUUGCUGGAGUGCUUUCAAUCGACACAGCUGGUCCACUGAAGCCUGCUUAUGAUUUGGGUGGGCACAUGGCAAGGUAUUUUUUGGUUGGAGUUUUGACCUGGAGGGUGCCAAAGGGGAGUGACAAGAUGCAGAACCCCCCUGAAGAAGCAGCUUCUGAAGGAGCUCCGGAGAUUGAAGAAGGAGCUGAGGAUCCAGUUCCACCGGGUGAGGACGGAUUGGAAGCUGAGGAGUUGCUUCCAGCCCAGCUCCCUGGUGAAGCGCCGGCUGAAGGAGAGCCUGGCGACGCCCCUGGUGAGGACGGGUUGGAAGGUCAUGCAGAUCUUCCAGUCCAGCUCCCAGGCGAGGCGUUUGGACCCCCAACUUUGGAUGAGGUCACAGAGUUGAGAAGGUUCAGAAUGGCCUUGCCAAUGGGUUCCAAAAAGGCGAGAGAUGUGGUGAACACGGUGAUGGAGUUCGUGUUGCGGCUGCGGACGGAAGGGUUCCAUGUGGGCCGCAUCCAUUCAGACCAAGGUCAUGAGUUUGCUGGCGAGUUCAAGACAUGGGCCCGACAGCGUGGGAUCUACCUCACCAAAACACCAGGUGAUGAUCCAGCCGCAAACGGCAGAGCUGAAAUGGCGGUGAAGGACUUCAAGAACCAGAUCCGCAGAACGUUGAGGCAGGCCAGUGAAGAUGCGAAAUGGUGGCCAUGGGCUUUGAGGUACGUCAAUGAGGUGUACCGAUGUGUCCGGAUGGAGACAAGACCAAGUUGGCCAAGGUUUUUGGAAGAAGUAAGAGUCCGAAAGCGGACAUGGAGGCGGGAUGACCUGGACCCCAGAGUGGAGAAGGUUCAGUAUCUAUGCCCUUCAGUGGAAAACCAUGGUCAUUGGGUGAUCAAAGAAGGCGAAGCCCCACGCCUUACGCGCUACAUUUUGGCGCCCACCACUGAGCCGGAGGAUGAGACGGUUUGGAUUGCGGUGGAAAGAGAAGGGCGAGAUGCACAAGAACAGCGACGCCGAAUCAGAGGCAGAUCAGCAGUGAGGAGAAUGGAUGCCUCAGUUGCAGAUCCUGAGGAGGUGCUGGAAGAAAAGGAAAAGGCUGAAGUUCAAAGAUUGAUGAAGGUGGUGGAGGAUGAGAUGCAGUCCAUCAUCAACGACGACCCAGAUCUGGCCGCCGAGGAAGUCAGAAUUUUGGGAAGGCGGAGAAAAAUGGCUGAAGUGAAGGAGGAUGGAGAUGAGAUCCUUCAAACAAAGGUCAUCUCACCAAAGGAGGUGGUCAGAAACUGGUCGGAGUGGAUCCCAUCAGUGAGAAGCGAGGUGGAGUCCCUGACCAUUGAGAAGGCAGCCUUGAAGGAGCUGUCAAAGGAUGAAGUUAAAGCGUUGAAGAAGAAGGCAGAAAAGGAGGGUAAGAAGUUGGAGAUCAUACCUUCCAAACUGGUGUUCACUGUGAAACCUUCCCCAGACCACAAAGAAGGGAAAAAGAAAACCCGGUGGGUUGUUUGCGGAAACUAUGAGGAGAAGAAAGAGGGGGAGGAAAACUACUCAGGUGGUGCAGAUGCCACAUCUUUGAGGUUGUUGGCAUGGAUUGCAUCCCGCAUGAAGUGGGCCGGAUGCAUCCUGGAUGUCAGAACUGCUUUCCUCAACGCGCAGAUGGAACAGGAGCCGGAUGAGGACCUUCUUUUGGUCCAGCCACCCCACAUCUUGAAGGAGAUGAAGUUUCUGGACCCGGACACACUGUACCUGCCAUUGAAGGCAGUGUACGGCUUCAGGCGCUCACCAAAGCUUUGGGGUCUUCAUCGAGACAAAACGAUCAAGACCUUUGACAUCAAGGUGGUCAUUGAUGGCCGCUGCGAAAGCCUGGAGCUGAAGCCGAUGGAGUCAGAGCAGAACCUAUGGAAGGUGGUUGUGGUCAGAGGAGGCUUCCAAGAGGCAGAAGAAGAAUGGAUCUCAAACGGCCGAGUCAUUGGCCUUGUGAUGACGUAUGUCGACGACAUUUUUAUCGUCGCCGAGAAGCAGGUGGCGAAGUCAGUUGCUCAGAAGUUUCAAGAGACCUGGGCGACCACACAACCGGAGUGGGUUGGCGAGACACCAGUGAGGUUUUUGGGCCUGGAGGUGACUUGCCACCAAAUCGAGGGGGAGGAGAAGGUCCAAUGGUGCCUUUCACAAGAGGCAUACAUCAAAGACUUGCUUGGGCGCUAUGAGGAGGAGGGAAAACCACGAAAGCUCCCUAUCACUCGUGACCAAGCUUCGAUGCCUCCAGAUGUGAUUCCCCCUUCGCCAGAAGGAGGUGACUUCCACAACUUUAUGGUCAUCUACACGGUGCUGAUCAUUCUGACCACGCUGAUGGUCCAAAUCCUGUGGAAGGUAGGAGUAGGCGCAUUGGGCGAAAACUGGAAAAGAAGGUUUUUUACCCGUGGCCGAAGUCUCCCCAUGGGUGAGGAAACGUCAGUGGCAGAGGGUCGAGCAUGUGCUGAGGUGUGCGGACCUGUGGAAAGACCACGGCAUCUGCCCUCGGCUGCUGGGUCGUCAAACCAGCCAAGCCCCGCUGAGGACGGGUUGGGGAUGGAGGAGGGAUCCCCAGUCCAGCUCGCGGUGGCUGAGCAGCGACGCGCCGGUGAGGGCGGGUUGGGGCAGAGGGCCUCAGUCCAGCUCCCAGCUUCGGCUGGUGAGGGCGGGUUGGAGGGUCAUGCUGAUCCUCCAGUCCAGCUCCCGGCUGCGCCUGCAAAAGCUCCUCCGCCAAAGGAGGGACCAAAGGCCCCGUCAAAAGCGGGCCAAACACCAAAGGCCCCACCAAAAGCGGGCCCAAAACCAAAGGCCGCACCACAAAGUGGCCCAUCGGCUUCCAGCUCCUCAAGUGGAAGCACAUCAAGCAGUAUGACAGGCCGAAUUGAGACGGCGAUUCAAGACAUUGCGUAUGAAGAGGCAGCCCUGUGGGACCAUUUUGGGAGGCAGGGCGACUUUCCAGGAGUGCCAGAAGAUCAUAGCAGAGCAGAACUUGGAUUUCAGGUGUUGAGGACGCCAUGUGGAACAGUGUAUCACGAUACACGUGGAUGCACCCAGCUUCAAGGACCACGAACUGGCUAUGCGAGACCGUUCACAUGGUGUGCCUUGUGCCGAGAGGUUGCGAUGCGCACCCGUGGAAGACCAAUCCCUGGAAGUCCGCUGCUUUUACGAAUAGGCGAUCAGACCGUCCAUACUGAUCGAAGAUGCCCGAGAGCACGAGAUGCCACGGAGCUGAGAGGAUGCAUGUACUGUACAGAGUACAAUGGUCGACGUAGCUGCCCUUUUGAAGCUCAAACACCCGAGCUGCUGCCGGUGAAAACAGAGAAGGCGGCCGCUUGCUACGAGGACGAGGUGCGGAGGCACCCCUUGUGCAACUUGAUUGAGUACCGCAUCAGGAUGAAGCGUGUGUCGCAUUUCAGAUACAUGGAGCGCUUGUCUGACGAGAUCAGGGCACGUGCCCAGGAGAGCUUUGCAGCUCAAGAAGAGACACACGUGGUCGGCACCAUUCGUGUGCGAGUUCCCCAAGGGUGUGGCCCUGCGAAGGGAUUCGGAGUGGCCUAUGAGGAGAGAGAACGAGAAACCUUGGAAUUUGUGCACCGCGUGGCCGCAGAUGCGGAGUGUGGUUACCGCUUCUUUGUGGAUGCCAAACACGAACGCUUCCGCGAAGUGGAUGGCAAACAGGACAGCUUCCUGAAGGUUGCCGGGGAGCAAGAAGACUGGUCAGUAGCAAUGGAAAGUCGGGAGUCCAUUGUGCCGCCCAUGCCGCGCAAUUCCUACGUGCCAGAGCAGGUUCCGGUGGAUGCAGAUCCAGACCCCGAUCAGCUGAAGAUCAGUUUCCCCUUGCGGCUGGAUGAGGCCGAUGCAGACCGUUUAGCGGAGCCGCAGAGCCUGCAGCUGCUGCUCUUCGCGCCCUGGAAGGUAGCGAUGGAGGCAUCACGUUGGCCCCACAGGGUGGAAUAUUCACCGUACCUUCCAGAUGUCAAUGGAGGGCGUUUGCCUGUGCCGGGGGACAUUAGCGAGGAUCGGAUUGAUUGGUACCUGCCAGAGACGGUCGAGUACUUGUGGGAGGCUGAGAGCCAAGCACCUUCCGGGGGAAGAGGCCCCGAGCAGUGUGCUUUUGUGCUGGCGAAAGGCUUCGACGAGAAUCUCUGGGAGACGGAAAUGACACGACAAGCGUUGCACCGAGAACAGACUAAGGCCUUAGGGCUCUUCGCCCGCAUCCGGGUGGUGCGCGAAGGCGGCCCCGAAGGAAUGCAGCUCUUGUCGAGCCCCUCGCGGCCCCUGCGGCUCUACAUGCCAGCAAUCAAUGACCUCAAUGUGUCUGUUUGGAGCAGCAACGGGCGCUUUUGCGCCUUGCUGUGGUGGCCGAGUAUUGUCGCACUUUGCGCUGAGAAGGACAAGAACUUGGAUAUGUCAGGGCAGCUUCACCAGGUCAAACACCGAAUUGAUGAAGUUGAGAAGGCAUGCGCUGGAAAGAAGAUAGGCACCGGCAAAGAUGAACUGGAUGUCAUGAAGAAAUGCUCCGAGGAGCUGAGGGCAGCGAUGGAUGAGGUGGCAGCGAAGAGCAGCCCAGACUUGCAUCUCAUCGACCGCAUCGGUGGGUUGAGCGACAUCAUCUACUGCAACCUCGAAUCGAGAAUCACCUUGGAGCUAGUGCAACUGGCAGAUGCUGCAGAUGUUCACAAGGCCAUCAUGGACAUCGCCGAGGACCUGGACUCGGUCCGUGCCACCAAGGUCUCGCCGAAGGUGCAGCAGAAAUGGACCGAGGCGGAGCAGCAGAAAUACGCCCAAAUCUUGAAGGAAUUGGCGGAGUUGAUCAAAGGCCUUACGGACAUCUCCAAGUUGCCAGAGGCGCUUGAUGAAGUGAAUCAGAAGUUGGAGGCACUGCUACAAGGCGUGAAGAAGGAGCUGGCAGAAAGAACGCUGGCCCAAUGCUCUGGCUUCUCCACAGCGAAGUUUGGGAAAGGCUUUCCAGGCCUUCUGCAGAAGGAAGGACCAGAUUUACUCGAACGAGUACGUGCUCCUGUGGCGAAGUUUGACGCCUCAGCGCAGCAAGUGGCAGCCGUCGCAGAGGGCAGCUGGGAAGCCUUGGCCCCGGUUCUGGCGAAGCAAAGCGUGCAGGUAGCGACUCACAUGGUGAAAGUCACCCUUCAGCAAGCAGCGGUGGAACUGGCGCAAGACAACUUCGAUGGGGCCACUACGGCAUUCGCGCAGAUGCAAAUAUGGUGGCCUCAUUCUGAAGGAAGCGAAGAGAAAGAAGCUUUGAACGAAAGCCUUGGAAAAGUCUUGGACCUCGCCGACGAGCGCAGCUUCGCCUGCGAGGCCGAAAGCAUCAGCGACUUCGCGGCGAAACUGGACGCCCUGUGCAGCGCCCUGGCACCCUCGCGCGCCGCAUUGGCGCCGCGCUUGGCAGAGCGAAGGGCGCUGGGGCCACUAAAGCAGUUGCAGGAGGAGAUGGAGAAGGAGGAUGCCAGCCUCGCAAACCUGCUGAGCUCACUGAAAGACAUGGCCGCAGCGGCUGAGACGCUUGCUACCGUAGAAGGCCUGGAGGCCGCCAUGUCGGCUUUGGACAACUUUCUGCAGCAGAAGAGUCAGAGCGUCGAGGCAGACCUGGCGAAGGUCCUUGAGAUUGCUGGGUGCUAUGAUGAGACACGUCCAAAGCUCUCGUUGCCAGACACCUCUCCGUUGCUCCCUCGGAUUCAGGUGUUGCUGACCAGCUCCAGCCUUCAACGCGCGCGGGAGGAGCUGUGCAAAGACCAUGGCCUCAAUCCGGCGUUGGUUUUGCAGUUGGUGAAGCGUGCAGGGGAGGCAGAGCCUGCAGAGCUGGAUGAUGAGAUGACGGCCUUGUUGCAAGAGGUUGCGGACAAGACCUGCGAACGAAUGUGUGAAUCCUUCCGUUCUGCGGUGGCUGAAGGGCAAGAGGCCAAAGUGCAAGGGCUGCUGAAGUUUGCGGACUCCUUCGAUGCAGCCUGCGCGGCCGCAAAGGGAACCUCCCAUAUCCAGGAAAAACUGAAGCUGGCAUUGGUGUGCAGCCGCUGUUGCUGCUUGUGCUCUGGCGGUUCAGUGCAAGCCGCCACCACCUUUGCUCAUACAGCUGACCUUCGUGUGGCUACUUCCUUUGGCUUUGACCUGCAGUUUGACAUCGUCCUGCAGAUUGUCAUCCCACUGAAGCUGCCCGUGCUACUGCUGAACUGGAUUCGCCCUGGCAGAUAG